GCGUAUUAAUAAUACGACCCAAUUCUCAGUCCCAUAAGUGAGUGGAUCCACACCUUCCCGAGCGUAUCUCCACAAUCCCGUAUGUAGUUGUAGCAUCAUCCAAGGCAGUGUAACUCCUACAACACAUGGAUCUGAACUAUUCGGUAACACGUUGUAGCUUCAAUACUGGUCUCGCUCAGCGCAGCCACGGCCAAGCAUGACGUGAGCUGCUAGUGCUUCAAUAUCUUGGAAAAGCACCCAGCUUAGUCCAACGGGCACGAAUAUAUAUUUACCAAGGAUGGGCGAGACAGGACAGCUUUCCCCUGCCAUAAGCAGUCUCAUAAACCUCCCAAGAGCUGAUUAGAAUAAUUGACAGCCAAGAUCAAGAUCAAUAUGGUCAGCUAUCUCCAACACUUUGUGCUCCUGGUCUUCGGAGCUCAGCUGGCCACCGGGCAAGCUGUGUCAACUGCUGCGGCACAUUCGACAGGAUGGAAUUCCAGUUUUGAGCUCAGCCCCGAGCAGCUCAAGCUGGCCAACCUGACAAGUGAUAUGGGCGCCAUCAUCAACACUAUUACCAACUUUGACCGGUCCCUACCUGCAAACGGUGGAGCACAUGAGGAUGACUUUUACAAUGUCCAGAGCCUGCCCAAGGACCAGUGGCCCAAAGAGCCGGGGAAGACGGUCAAGCUCCAAGAGCUCACGGACCCGUCUCCAUUCUCCAUUCCUGCAAAGACAGCCAUGUCCCGCAUCAUCUAUAGCACGACCAAUGCGAACGGUACUCUGGUCCCUGCCUCCGCCUAUAUCCUCUGGCCGUAUCGACCGAAAAUACCUCGAGGCAUAAACCACACCUCUGCGUCUACCGCGCCCGUUGUGCUGUGGACCCAUGGAACCUCAGGUUUCUAUGCCAAUGGAGCUCCCUCGACACACCGUGGCCUUUUCUACGCGGACAUCGUGCCAUUCGCAUUGGCUGAGGCUGGGUACGCGGUUGUUGCCCCGGACUAUGCGGGGCUUGGUGUGGACGACUCCUGGGAUGGGAGUCACAUCCCACACCAGUACUUUGUUCGCGAAGCUGGUGCUCGCGAUGCCCUUAACGCUUUGAGAGCGGCUCGGGAGUCUUUGCCCACGCGACUUUCAAGCGACUACGUGGUCAUGGGUCACAGCCAGGGCGGUGCGGUUGCUUGGGGCCUAUCUGAAAUCCUUGGUCGGAAAGAUCCCAAGUUCGAGGAUGUGACGAAGGGUUAUCGCGGUGCUGUUCUUGCUGCGCCACCAACUGACGCAUUGUCAUUGACCUCCCCAGGCUUUCUAGCGUGGAUUGCCAAGGACCUUGACCACAUCUACCCAUCCUUCAACCUCAGUGACUGGUUCACUCCGCUUGGUACGAGCAGAAUACAGCUUCUGAACCAGGUCGAGGGAUCCCAAAUGGUCACAUUUGCCAUGUUCCACCCCGAAGAGUUGAUUCUGCAGCCUGAUUGGCACGAGACGUGGUAUACUCAAGCUUUCGAACAACUCGCCAACCCCGGGAAGCGACCUUUCCAAGGACCGCUUCUUCUCAUCCAAGGCACAGCAGACCUAACAGUGCCGUACAACACGACCAAGGCCACCGUGCAGGAGACAUGUGAGAUCUACCCUGGGGAUCUGGAGCUUUUGGCUGUUCCGCAAGGGAGUCAUUUCUCCGCCAUCAACGCCGCAAAGCAGACCUGGCUGCGGUGGAUUGAAGAUCGAUUCGAGCAGCGACCUGUGGCCAGGCGGGGUUACGUCGAGUCCCAGUUAGACAGCUUCUUGCCUCUGGAGCAUUAUCAAGCGCUUCCAAACUCUUUCCCGCUGUGGGCUGGGGAUUCCCAAUGGUCUUAUGAGCUACCGACAGCAUUGUAAUAUUCAACUGUAAGGGAGAGAACAGCGGCACCUGGAUGGGAUUUAUUAGGCGUGGAAAUCCUUUAGCUUAGCCCCUUGAAUGUGUGUAUUGUUACCAUAUUCACCCAUGCCAGCAAACUAGUCUUCAACGAACUACACACAAUACAAUAGAUAUAACCCCCUUUACUGUGCGCAGAUAUG